UGGAGGUUGAAGCGCACAGAUUACUAUUUGCGCUACUGCAAUUGCCCAUUGCUUGACAUCUAUCUAUAUGAAAAAUAAAAGACCAGAUAGAGACUUUUAUCAUCAUCCACGGUACAAAACAACCACUGAAGAUUACGGGAAUUCUCGUAGUGUCAGAACUGGUCGAACUCUCCCUGUUGCUUCGACAGAACCACACAGCCAUCAUAAAGAUAGAGUUGAUUCGUUACAUCCACACCAUUCCCAACGAAAAUCUCUUGUUAGUGAAACCAAAAACACUCGCUACACUCAGGAUUGUAAAAAUACCGAUAAGCUAGUAUCUGGAGGUUUCACUCAUGUGUCAGAUUUAAAUUCCAGUUUCAUUGAUGGUAACACGAAACCGGUCGUUAGUACGUCACUACAUUUCAGCGACUCCAGAUCCAUCAGUACCAACAGACAUUUUGCUUCAAAACCACGUCAAGAAUCUUUUGCUACGAGUCCCAGUGUACAAAAUUCACGUGUGCUCACGAGUACCUCUGUAGAUUUGACACCAGAAAAUUCUACAGAAAAACAUGGUGGACUUAUCCUUCUACCGAAAGAUGUGGACAUAUUUCAACAAAGUACUCAAAACUCAAAGAGUUUCCGACGUGAGGCAGUUCGAUGUAGGUCGUUUACUUUAAGGACAUGAAUAUUAUGUAUCAUUUGAUUUCAUAAGUUGCUUCACAUAAAAUGUGAUUCGUCCCACCAGACAGAUGCCUACGCAGAACAGAUGUUCAGGCCCUUUUAUCACUAUGAUCUGGUUGACUGAGUUUCUCGUUGCUUUAGGUUGUGACGUACUGACAUUACCUACCACUGUUUCAUACAGACUAAGGAUAAUUAUUACGCUAACUUCCUCUUCAUAGUUUUGUUUGCCAUAUAGAACUCUCAGUACACCAUCGAAUUCGCAGCGGCAUAUUUAUCACUAAAGCUUAAUGUUUUGUAGUGUUUUCAAUAAUGAUUUGUUGCUGCACUCUUAGUCGUUAUUUUAAUAUAAGUGCAUAUUUACCGAGAACUCAGAUGUGCUCUAGAACAGUACUAAUCUUUGUACAACUUUAUUGGUAACGUGACAAAAUGUUGUCCACCAUCAAACUGACGGCUGCAGGUGCAUUAAAAUUUGCUUUGCACCAGAAAUUAUUGUGUACUAAUAAAAAAUGUUCGGUAAAGGAGGAAUUUAUUGUGUAAAUGUCAACGUUACUUCAAAGAUAGUUACGUAAAACAGACUUCCAAGCGAUAGUGUGUUGGUUCAAGUUUCCACGCCUCAUCAACACAUCUGGACGAAGUUAAAAUGUGGGAAAUAAGGAAUCAGUAUCAUAGUCAGUCGGUCAUUAAAUAUAUCAAUAAUCAUGAUGUUUAGUAACUUCAACAAGCACACAUGGAUAAAACAUAUAUAGAACCCAGAGUUAUUGAGACUUUGAUUUAAAAUUAAACAAAUGUUUUGUUUCGUCAGGUUUCAAAUUAUUCACCUCUCUGUUUUCUAAGGUAUAUAAGCUAGUCGUUUAAAUACGUCCCAGAAAUCCAUUGAGUCACUGACUUCGAAUGGGCUGUUUAGAUAAACACAGUCUACCUGGUUUGGGUUUUACCCACCCAUCGUGUACGGUAUCUGGAGACGCUGGGCGAAAUGUCACAGAUGCAUCUGCUCUAUCAUAACUUGUAUCCUGAGUUCCAAGCUAUCUUCUACUUUCUAUCCCACGAAUUCUUCAUGUCAUGCCGUCCUUGCCUAAUCUUCUCUAUUACCACUGCAUUGUUAACACUGAAAUUCUUCCUAAUAGUCUCAUCUCACUGUGAUGAUAUGUGAUGUGAUAACUUGAACUGAUGUACAUAUUUCAGUCUAUUGCAUAUGACUAACUGACCGACUGAUCUAAAAUUGCUAAAAUUCCGAAUGAUUUCCGUCUGAUUUUAGUUUUAUUUUGGGUUUUUUAGUCUGCAGCGAUACUCAGGUGUUUUUUUUCUUUCAAAGAUACUUAUCAGUAGUGCUUUUUAAGCGUCUGCUUCAUGCUGUUGUUGAUUCCAUAUUAGUACAGUAAGUGAUUUCUUCUACUCUUUAACUAUUUGAAAAAUGUAAACAUUUAGUACUUAUUAUUCCAUUGGAUUAUUAUCUGAACUCAUUUUAUCAGCUGAUUCAACUAAACCAGUCGUUGUUGUCCGUCCAAGCUUCUCCAAUCCAUACAAUCAUUCCAGAACUACUAGCACCAGAUUAGAUUCACAUGGAGUUGACGAGUCAAAAUGUAUCAGUCAAUGUAAACAGAAAUCAGAUAAUGAUAUGAGUUCACGCUGUUUUGUCAGUGACGCUUCUACCGAAUCGCCCACCACUGUUUUACCUGUCCCAUGGACAGACGCUGCAAAGGCUGCUUUCUAUCAGUUUUUCAAAACUCAAACCAAAUUUAGUUCAUCUUCGUCUCUUCAAGCUGAAAGACCAUCCUCAACACAUCAUUUCGCUAAUCAACCGACUUGUUUAUCUCCAGGAUCAACAGUCAUCCAGCCUCCAAACGAAAUGAUUGCAUCAACUAUGCAACAAAUUGUUCAACUUGAUGCUACUCUAUCAGCUCUACUCAUUCCACCUGGUCUGUGUGCUCAAUCAAUGGUGUUGUUCGAACCAUUACAAUCUGAUCCUGAAUUAGGAAGAGAAUGGACGGAAUCAGAAGCAUUGUUUUUACGUUGGUGGGGCACAGUUAAGCGACUUCGUGAUAGUUUAUUUUUACUAUUUGAAAGUGUAAUAGUUGCAGAUUUGGACUUCUGUAAUACGGCACAUGUUGAACAAGGUAUGUGGAAGUCGGUUUUCUACACUGUCUUGGAAUCACUUCGUUCAUGGGUCGAAAAUCCACAAUCUACACAGUUAAUUCCUAAACUAGAGAAAAAUCCUGAGACUAUAAAACUUCUUCAAAGUCAAUUAGUUAACCUUAUUCAAAAAAUUUGCUUAUCUGAAGUGAUCGAUUCUGGAUCAAAUCAAUUAGCGUCUCUACUUGAACGUAUACAAAGCAUACAUCAUAUUCAACUUGGUCCAUUAUUAUCAGAUGGUAGACCACCUCCAGAAACAAAAUCAAGAACUCGACGAUUAGUCUAUUUAAGUGCUCAAAAAUUAAUGCUAUUCCUUGGCGAUUUAGCUCGUUAUAGAGAAACUUUAGUUGGUGAACGAAAUUUUGGUAAAGCACGAAAUUGGUAUCAAAAAGCUCAAUUAUUAGUGCCGAAAAAUGGUCGGUCAUAUAAUCAAUUAGCUGUUUUAGCUUUGUAUACUUCCAGACAUUUGGAUGCAAUGUUCUACUAUAUGCGUACUCUUGCUGCAAGUAAUCCUUUUGCAACUGCAUCACAAAGUUUGGCAGCUUUAUUUAAUGAAAUACGACCACGUGCUCAAAACAUGAUUAUGCAGUUUCAGAAACCGAAAACUGAAUCAGUUCAACCUCAUUGUUCUGGAUUUAGUUCACAUAAUCCACGAUUUCAACGUGCUGAAAUAUGGAUUCAUCCAAUUGAUGGUCAGACUACUGUUAUUCAAGGUGGACGGCGUUUGAUGCAUUCAAAUAUCAAACCAAUUGUUGAUGAAAGUAAUAAUAUUCAAGGAAAAUCAAUGCAAAAAUUAAAUUCAUCAACUCCUGAACUUGAAGUUGACAAUGAAGACGAAGAUGAUGAAGAGGCACAGGCAGAAGCUGAAGAAUAUGCUAAUAUUUCUUUGAUUGAACUAAGUAAACAAUUUGGUUUGGCAUUUAUUCAUGCUCAUGGAAAAUUAUAUACCAAAAUUGGUAUGGAAACAUUUCCAGAAGUGGCUUCAUUAACUCUUCAAGCUUUAUCUGGUCUGUUAGCACAAAAACCAUGUCCUUUAUCAACUGAACGUUUAUGUCAAUUAUUUGUUGUGAAUAUGUUCAAUGUGGAUCGUGCUGCAUCUAUGACAAAUCAAACAAAUACAAUGAAUAAUUCUUUAAAAAAUCGAAUAAAUGAAUCUAAAAUCAUUGUGAAUAAUGAUAAUAAAAUAUCUUUAAAUAUAGGCAUGGAUAAUUUUGUUCCAUCUUCACGUCUUAAUGAAAUUGAAGCAUUACGUUCUGUUCAUCAUGAUCAUGCUGCACGUUUUGCAUUGGACACAUUUAGUUUAGUAUGCAGAAGAGCAGCACAAUUACUUCAAGAGACUCCCCCUAUGGAUGCUAGUCCAGGUUGGUUAUCACCAGAUGCACGAAUUCUUCUUUCCGCAUUAUGCCUAUGGACUGAAUGGAUGAUUUUACAUCCUGAACAUUGGUUACCACCACCAAAUCAUCGUGAUCCUACACUUCGACCACAUUUAGAUGAUUGGUUACUUGUUGCUAAAUUAUGCACUGAAGCAGCUAGUUGGCUUGCACGUUUAUCUGUUCGACCAAAAUAUGAAGAAGUUACACCAACAACAUCUCUCGUACUUCGAUUAAAAGGUGAACUUAACUGUGAUGAAAAAUUGGAUGAUGAUUCAGAUAAAUCCUCUACUUUAUAUCAUAUCUUUGAAGAUGGUAACUUGUAUAAAGCUGCUUUUCUUUCUGAAGAAGUAUUCGUUGCAGGAUUCAAGCCUAUGCUUGAUUUAACGCCUAAAAUAUAUUAUUACACAGGUGAUUGGGAUCCAGAAACUGUGGCAGAUUUUGUUCGAAUAGAGAAAUUGGUUUUAUUUGGUGAUUAUUUAUGUGGAAUUGAAACGCCUGUAUUAAGCUAUAAUAUUGACCAAGCGGUUUAUGAAUCUGUUAUACAACGUGAAUCUUCUGAACGUCUUCAAGAUAAACGUGUAGAUGUUAAGGCAAAUAUUAUACAGAAUACUUCAGAUAUCAGUUUGGAAAAUGAGAAGAAACGUCAGUUGGAGUUAACUUCUUUGAAUGAUAAUAAAAAUCUUUCAUCAGAUGAUUGUACAAUAGAGUCUAAUUCUGUCCUAACGGAUAUCGCAGCUUUACAACGACAAAGAGCUUUCCUUCAAAAGCAACUAGAUGAAGAAGCCCGUCUAGAUGCAUGGCGUCGUAAUGCUAUUAGACAAGCAGCAUCUGGUGGACAGAGAGCUGUUGAGAUUGAAGUUAGACCAAUUUAUUUAUUACCGGAUACAAAUUGUUAUAUUGAUUGGUUAGAAGGUAUUGCUACAUUAGCUCAAAAAUCUUCAAAUUACACUGUACUAGUUCCUAUUGUCGUUGUCAAUGAAUUAGACACUUUAAGUCGUUUUGGCAGUAGUAGUUCCGGUGGCGGUGGAGUUGAUCGUCCAUAUGAAGCAGCUGUUGGCGGUGAAGUAACACGUGCUGGUUUGAUACAAGAACGUGCAAAACUUGCAAUCAAUUAUUUAGAAUAUCAAUUUGAUCAUCGAAACUCUCGUUUACGUGCAUUAACAGCACGUGGUAGUUUAAUGGAGACUAUUGCUUAUCGAAAUGAAAUUAAUGGUGGUCGAACACCUGGUCAAACAAAUGAUGAUGUAAUUCUAACAUGUUGUCAACAUUUUUGUAAAGAAGACUCAGAUCGUUUUCAAUUAAGAAAUCUUACUCAAGGUGUCGAUCAUUCUAUGCAGGGCGAUCAAAAUAAUCAACCAAUGCGACUUGUUCGUGAAGUAGUUCUUUUAACUUCCGAUCGUAAUUUACGUCUUAAAGCAUUGAAUGUUAAUAUUCCAGCACGACCUUUAAGAACAUUUGUCAAUUGGUCUCGAUUACCUUUAGUAAAAAUAAAUUUAUCUAAUGAAACAUUAUCUGAUACAACAACAACAACACCAACAACUAUGAAUUCAAUGGAUAAGCAUAAAUUAUCAUCAAUAAAUCAUUCAACUAAACCACAACCUCGUGGUCAAUGGAAACAACCAUUAAAAUAUAAUUAAUUAAUUAAUUAAUUAAUUCAGAAUUGAAUAUUUUUAGUUGUUUUUCCUAUUCAGCCACCAUCCCUUUUUGAAAUACUUUCAUUCAACAUAUAGUUUACUCAUUAACUUUCACAAUAUCUUUGUAAAGAAUAAUAAAGUGUGGAUAAAGCAUUUCAUUUAAUCACUAUUCAAUGUAUUCACCUUCAUUUAUUAUUAUAUAUAUAUAUAUAUAUAUGCAUGACAGGUAUUUAUGUUUUACUAUUGUCUAAGAAUUCUUUUUCACUCAUAUUCUCACAUACAUCGUUGUUACCAUGGUUACUGAAAAAACUGUAAAUUAUUUUGUAACAUUGGGUUCUUUUUUUCUUCUUCUUCUUACGUAAUUGUUUAUUUUUCUUAGUCAUUUAUCCAUUUGUUCAUUCAUGUUUGUAUAGAGGUGGUUUAGUUUUCUUUUUUUGAACUUAUUUAUAUUCCCUCUGUUUUUCCUCUUGUUUUUAAUUACUUAGGUUCUAAUAAGACUGUUGAAUUAUACUACUUAUUAAUUUGCUACUUACUACUUACAAAUCUUAGUAAUGAAAUAUACAUAUAUUUAUGUAUACAUAGUAUUUAUAAAUAUUAUUUAUAAUAAAAGUUUGUUCUUAUUGAAA